AUGUUAGUGGUCCUGCUCACAGUGGCCCUACUGGCCCUCAGCUCAGCUCAGAGACCUAAUGAAGAAUUUGUGGUCGCCAACCGUAACACCCAAGAGAGGCAACCCUCUUCAGGAUUUUCCCAAAACCCUGACCUUCAAGUAGAGCAGCAACAGCAAAAAGGGUCUCGAAGGCCACUGCGAUUACCACCACAACAGCCUCAGCAGCCUCUGCAGCAGUCACAACAGCUUCAGGUGCCGCAGCAGCAGCCGCAGCAGCAGCCACAGCAGCAGGGACAACAAUUGCAACAAAAUAACAGAGUCCACCCCGGAAACUGGCCCCCACGAAGAAAUUAG